AUUGACAUGAAUCAGGCAAUUACGAACUCGCUGAAAUGCUAACGAAGAAGAGGAAAAUGGGAGACGGGAAGGAGGCAGAUUCGAGCAAAGCAGCACAAAAAUGGCCUGUCAUCAAACCAAAAAAGAAUCUCCAGAUUACUCGGCUUAAAGAUAGCGAUCUGUUUACGGUUCAGGGCUUUUUCUCAUCUUCUGAAUCAAAGACAUUCGUUAAAGUAGCAGAAGCAAUUGGCUUUUCUCAUCAAGGGAGUCUUGGUCCAGCUAAAGGUGAAGCUUACAGGGAUAAUGAUCGAAUCUCUGUUCAUGAUCCUGUCCUCGCUGCUACAAUUUGGGAGUCUGGACUCUGCAAAAUAUUUUCGGAUAUAAGAAUUCGAGGGAAAGUUGCCGUUGGUCUGAAUCCAAAUAUCAGAUUAUAUAGGUACAAAGUUGGUCAACGGUUUGGACGUCAUAUUGAUGAAAGUGUUGAUCUUGGAGAAGGAAAGCGCACUUAUUACACACUGCUAGUGUAUUUGAGUGGUGGCCUUAAAUACAGUCCCAAAAAUGCAAUAAAAAAUCCAGGCGAUUUGUCUGUUGAUCCUCUAGUAGGAGGAGAAACUGUCUUCUAUGGUUCAAGAAAUAGUGUUGUGGCUGAGGUAGCUCCUACUGAAGGGAUGGCUCUCCUGCACCUUCACGGAGAUAAAUGCUUGUUGCAUGAAGGCAGAAAUGUCACAAAGGGUGUCAAAUAUGUUUUCCGCUCAGAUGUAGCAUUUGCUUGAACAAUGGUACAUAUCUUGUGUCCAACUAUGGUAUAUCUUUUUAAGGAUUUCCCCUUGUUAACUGAUCACUAAACUGGUACAUAUCUUGUGCCCAACUAUGGUAUAUCUUUUUAAGGAUUUCCCCUUGUUAACUGAUCACUAAACUAAGUGUAUUAUUGUUAUAAUUAUGAUUAUUAAUGUUGGUGCAAUGCAGUAA